GUAAGUUGUAAUUUACCUAUAUUAUUUUAAUUUGGGUAACAUAAUAAGUUAUCAGAUUCAUGCAACCAUUUCACACAAAAUCACCCCAUAUUUGAUAAUACUAUUUCUUACUAUAUACCUACGUCAAUCUCUCUCUCUCUCUCUCUCUCUCUCUCUCUCUCUCUCUCUCUCUAACUUCACACAAUCUUUCUCUCUCCCCUUUUAUUCAGCCGUUACAGCAGAUUUCCUUACAACUACUUCCCCGUCAACCUCGGACUCCGUCAAAAAAAAAAAAUUGUUCCAAAAAAAUAAGAACACGCACAAACACACACUGGGGGGAAAAAUCACAAGCCACCAAAUAUGUUACGUUCCAAAUCAAGAUCAGGGUCGGUUGAUGUUGUACAGAAGAAUCAUUAUUCAUCAGUAUUUUCAAGAACCCUAUCUGCAUCAAAGCUUUGCAGGGGUGAUUCUAUAGGCACGCAAAUUGACUCAAAUGCCCUCAAAUCUUUGGACAAAAAGCCCUCCAAGAUUUCUAAUUUUUCCCAGAAUCAAGUGGAUAGAAUAAUGUCAAUGCAGCUACAAAUGGGGGAGAUGGAAGAAGAGUUAAGAAUGGCUAAAGAAAAGCUAAAUGUAAUUGAAAUGGAAAAAUACAGAGCUCUUGAUCAGCUCAAAGAGGCAAAAGAAGCAGCCCAAGAUGCAACCACAAGGGCAAAUGAGUCAUUAUCCCCCAACAAGGCCAAAGUACUGAUCACCGAUCUCGAAAACUCGAAGCAAACGCUUGAAAGUUUGCGCGACGAAUUGAGAACAAGGGACGAAAAGAUCGGUUCCUUAGAGUCCGAAAAAAGCGAAUCUUUGGAGAAAUUGAAAAGGGACACAAUGAUAUUACUAUCCGAGAACAAGAAACGGAUUCAAGAAUUGGAAUCCGAAGUCGAGAGGGAGAAGAAAUCGGGAUCGAGAAUGGCGGAUAAGUUGGUUCUCCAAACCAAACGCCUCGAGUCGAUGAUAUUCGAGCUCGAGGAAUCGAAAAUCGAAACCACUUCGCUCCACGAAAAAAUCGACUCAUUGGAGGAGCUAUACAAGCAAAACACUCGUGAGAUGACGAAGGACGAUAGUGCCCCCGGCGAUUAUAGCGAAAAGGAAGAGACUAUUAAAGCUCUCAAAUCCGAGCUAUCGCAUGCGCAAGAACGCGAAAAGAUUGCGGUUAAAGAAAAAGAAAUGCUCAAGAACGAGCUCAAGUUAGCUAUCGAAGCAGAAGAAAAGAGCACGAAAGCAAUGGACGAUCUAGCACUAGCAUUAAAAGAAGUCGCCACGGAGGCGAAACAAGCGAAGGAGCAACUAAUGGCCGUGCAAACCGAACUCGAGCUCGUAAAAGGAGAAGGUGAGCAAUUGAAAGAAAUGGUGAGAAGCACCGAAGAAAGAUACUCGAAUUUAUUGCAAGAAUCCAAACAAGAAACGGAGCUCUACAAAAACACCGCCGAUCGGCUUAGAGUCGAGGCGGAGGAAACCCUAUUAGCUUGGAACGGCAAGGAAAUGGGAUUCGUCGGUUGCAUAAAACGCGCCGAAGAGGAAAAGGCCAUCGCGCAACACGAGAGCAACAAGCUAUCGGAAUCUUUGAAAUCGGCCGAGAAUAUGACGCGCGCCGCCCGAGAGGAGACCUACAAGUUGCGCGACAUCCUCAAACAAGCGGUCAACGAGGCCAACGCCGCCAAGGCUGCCGCCGGGAUCGCACGCGACGAGAACUCCUUGCUGAAGGACUCCCUCGUCGAGAAGGAGGAGGCGCUGCAUUUCCUGACGCGAGAAAACGAGCGCCUGCGGAUAAGCGAGGCCGCGGCCAAUGAGAACGUCAAGCAGUUGAAGCGUCUGCUCUCGACUGCUUCGACGGAGUUCAAACCCGAAGAAGGGGUUCUACUAAGGUCCCCCGACGAUUUCGACGACGAUGAGGACGAGGACGAAAGCGACGACGAUCACGAGGGGCAAAACGGUCAUAAUGACAAGAGUGUGAUGGCCAAGACUUUUAGCUUCAACCUCGAGGAUUUGAAGUUCAUGAACGAACCGGAAGACCCGCGGGAGAGGCUAUUGGACGAAGAUCCGGUUAAGGCGGAGGCACUGAAGGGUUCGAUUUUCGAUGCGAACGCGGAGACUCCGAAAUCGGAGCCACAUACGCCGAAGAAAUCGGUGUACUCGGGUGGCCAUAGAAGGCACUCGACCGCGUUCACGGAAGAUCCCGGGACACCGACUUUGGAGGAUUUCGAUAUGCACGACGACUCGGAUAACGAUAAUAAGCAAUCGUCGCAUAGGAAGUCGAAAACGGUGUUUCAAAGAGUGGGGGAUCUUCUUACUAUAAGGAGGAGCUUUCACAAGAAGGAACCUUCUUCGGUUGCUAAGGAACCUUCUUCGGCAACAAAGGAAGCUUCUCCGGUUCCAAAGGAACCUUCUCCAGUUGCAACGGUCGAGGGUCAGAAAGAUCAGAAAUGAUCGAAACGAGAUAAUACGAAAACACACGAAAAAUGUCGAUAUAAUAUACGGAUGUGGACCGAAAGGUUCUAUUACGAGCCGAAAAAUUACAAUUUUCGUUCGGACAAAUAUACGACAUAAUAAAGGAAGAUCCUAAGAGUUUUGUCCAGUUUGCAAAUGUUGUAGCAUUUUUUUUUUUUUUUAAGUAGUUUGGUGUGAUGAAGAAACCACAGGGGUUGGUGAUAUAAUCCCCAUGCCUGGUUUGGCUGUUAUUGUAUAUAAAAGCAUUAGUAUUUUGUAUUGUGAAAUAAAAAUAAUUUGUUUUUUUUGGA